CCCGACUCUUCGCUGGCAUAACAGCACAAGCUCUGCAUUGCCCGACGCACGGAACCUCUCGACUGCCUGCCUCGACUGGCGAAUGCGUUGCCGCUUCUCACCGCCGCCUCCCAACUGCACCCUCCCCCCCCUACCCGACCAGCAACUCGACCAGCACUCGACCGCCCGACCAGCUCGCCGAGUAAUCCACCACCACCGACCAUGGCGUCCGUCACGUCGCUCGACCAGGACAUGAAGCGCCUGCGCAUGGGCAGGUACACGCCCCAGGCCGCCAACGAGGUGCGCGGCUGGAUCGAGGACGCGCUGGGCGAGCGCCUGCCCGCCGGCGACCUGCUGGACGCCCUCAAGGACGGGACGGUGCUGUGCCGGCUGAUCAACCUCGCCGUGCCCGUGCCCGGCGUCAAGUUCAAGAAGUCGGGCAUGCCGUUUAUCCAGAUGGAGAACAUCUCGCACUUCCUCAAGGCGUGCGAGAUGCCGCCGCUCAAGAUGCCCUCGCACGACCGCUUCCUCACCGUCGACCUGUUCGAGGCAAAGGACCCCGCCCAGGUCCUGCAGUGCAUCGUCGCCUUCAGCCGCGUCGCCAACGCAAUCAACCCCGCUACCUUCCCCAACUGCAUCGGCCCCAAGCGCGGCGGGCCCGGCGCAACCAGCCCCGGCCUGCCAAGUCCCAGCCUGGUCUCGUCGGGCUACGGCCGCAACAAGCCCAGCUUCGCCAGCUCCACCAGCGGCUCCAGCACCUUCAACCCCCUCGCCCGCCCGCCCGCAGAGAGGGCCCUCAGUCCUGCACGCACCGGCGGGUCAAACACAUCCAAGACGUCCAGCGGCCUGCCCACAUCGCCCCUGGGCGGCUUCAGCAGCUGGAGCAAGAAGGGGGACGAGGGCGUCACGUCGCCGGCAUGGAACAUCCACCAGUACGGCUACAUGGGCGGCGCGAGCCAGGGCAACCAGGGCGUCUCGUUUGGCGCCCGACGACAGAUCACCACGGCCGGCCCUAGCGUGCCCAGCGCCGCGGAGAAGGAGAAGCGCCGGAAAGACAAGGAGGGCGAAGACGAGCGGCUGCGUGUGCAGGCCGAGGAAGCCGAAUACAAGCGCCGCAUCGAGCGUGAGACGGACGAGGAGCGCGCACGCAUAGAGGAGGAGCGCAGCUGGGAAGAAGAAUCCCGCAAGCAGCGCGAGGCCAAGGAAGAGCGCCUCGAGCAGCAGAAGCGCGAGUGGGAAGAGCAAGAGCGGCAGUGGAAGCUAGACGAGGAGCAACGCCAGCGCUCCGAGCGCGAAGCACAAGCCAAAAUCGAAGCAGAAACACGGCGAAAACGAGCAGGCAGCGACGCCAGACUGCGCGGCCAAUUCCUCAGCCAGUACCAGGCCGAGCAGACCACCCCCAAGCCCCGCAGUCGCCGCAACAGCCAGUCCGAAGACCACCACCACCACUCCUCCGAACGCGACCGCAUCAUCGAGUUAGAGCGCCAGCUAGAGGAGGCAAAGGAACGCGAACGCCAAUACCAACUCGAGCGCGACGGUCGCAUCCAGGACAAGAAAUCGCGCGCCCGCUCAAAGAGCCGCGUCAGAGGCGAUCGAUCACGCUCCCGUCCCCGCCCCCCGCCUCGCACCCCUUCCCUCGACGACCCAGACGCCGCUAUCCCCUCCCGCCAGGACAGCCAGGCCUCGUGGGUCCAGGCAGACGACCGCGAGUAUCUGCGCAACCAAUGGGAGACGACGACGCAGCGCCCGCUUCCCUCCCCCACGACUUCUACUUCCACAUCCACUUCGACAUCGACGACUUCGCGCCCCCUCCCUGACCCAGCUCUCUACGCAAAACAAAACACCACCCCAAUCGCACAGAGUAGAACAGACCGCCACCUCGCCUCCCACCCCGCCCCCCUCCCCCCAAAACCACACACAUACACUCCGCAGGAAAUCACAACCUCCGCGUCUGAGCGCGCGGCGGAGGAUAAACGGCGUGUGGCUGCGCAGCAGAAAACUAAGGCUGCGGGUUGGGCGAGUAAGAGUUUGCUUGAGCGCGAGAUGGAGCGCGAGCGCGAGAGGCAGAAGGAGUGGGAGGAUAGUCAGCGGGGGGGGCAGGGGGAGGCGGUGCAGAGUGGGAUGGGGUGGGGUGGAGGCGGGAAGAGGGGGGGGGUGGAGGACGUUGGGAGGAUGGCGGUGGAUGUUGAAGGUGGGAGUGGUGAUGAGGAAGAGACUGAGCUGGAUACUGAGGUCGAAUUAGACGGAGGGGUGGAAGUGCUUGGCCUGGGCAUUACGUCAGAUGUUACGGACAUUAUACCGGCUAUUAUGCAGACGAAACCAGUCACGACACACGAAGAGAAGGCUGUGCAGGUCGAUAUGCGCAUCGAGAAGAAGAAGGAUGGGUGGUGGGAAGUCGUCGAUUUGUGGGAUUAUCAUUUGAUGGACUUGGAGCUGGAGGUGGAUGUGGGUGUUGAGAAGGAUGCGGACAAGGACUUGGAUGCUGAAAAGCCUGUUGAGAAGGACGACGACAAGGACGCUGAAAAGGACGUUGACAAGGAUGCGAACUUGGUUGCGGACUUGGACGUUGAGAAAGAUGCUGAAAAGGACUUGGAGGCUGACAAGGAUGUGGACAAGGACGAGGAUGCUGAUAAGGACGCUGUAAAGGACGCUCACAAGGACUUGGAGACUGAGAAGGAUGCGGAUGUGGAUGUGGAUAUCGACACCGACACCGUAUCAAGCACAGCAGAGUAGCGUGAGGCUGAGUAUGAAGAAACUAUCAUUCUAGCGUUUUUAUAAUUAUUAGACUUUUUUAUCGACACUAUAUUCAAGCUCAAUCACGUUUCAGGCGUGUUUAAAUAAAUUGUAAAG